CCCACCUCCUAUUUUUAGUUAUAUGAUCAUCCCCUUCCUCUCACCUUUUUUUUUCUUUCUCAUUAUCCAGAAAAAAAAUUAUUUUGGAAGGAUUUUUGAUUCACUGAUCCUUUCCUCAUCUCAAUAGACUCAUAAUUAACGUUACAAGGUUUUGUUGCAACACCCAUCCUUAGCAAGUUGUUAGAGCAAGUCGUAAUGGAAGCUCAAAAUGAGAGUGAAAACGAAGAUGGAUAUGUUAGACACCGCCAUUCUAACACUGAAGGCGUCAUAAGUUCUUCCUCUGUAUCCUCAGCAUCAGAUAUUAAGUCAGCAUUGACUGAUUUCUCAUUCGACGAUAUGUACCAAAUCGAUAAAUCCAACAAAAGUAGCUUUGCUAUUGAUAACGAGCAAUGUGAUGCACCACAAACACUCCCGGAUGAUGAUGGCGAUCCUCUGCAGACGGUCCCAGAUGAUGAUGAUGAUGAUGCAUCGGUAUGUUGUCAAUCCCCGCCUGUUCAGGUAAUGGAGCGGCCUGCUGCUGCUGCUGCUGAAACAUCUGCAUAUCGGAUUCCAUCUUAUGUGUUUGCUACUACGAAAACAUCUCAUCCAGAAUGGAGUACCACUUCUAAUGAGUCAUUAUUCAGCAUUCAUACUGGAAAUAUGAGUUUUACCAGAGAUCAAUUUAGCUGGCUGCUAAAAUCUGGUGAAUUGGGUAUCUACGGGGGCCCGGCUGAUAUACGCAAGUCAGGAGAGCUCCCUCCUCCUUCGCCGGUACAUGUUCGGAAAUCAGAAGAACAACAAAGAGGAGCUGUAAACAUACAGACACAGGAGAGAAUUCCAAGUUCAUCCCGCAAAACAGGAGAAGAGAUAAUAGCUGCUCAUUUCAAGACAUUAUCAACAACUUCACGUACAUCAUAUGAUAAAGAAACGGAUUCUCAGGGUACA